AUGCAGGCGGUCCAAGGAGGAAAGAUCGGAAUAUCAUUAGUCUUACUUUGGUUUCUUCCUUCGUCCCCAUCCAAAUCCAACAAUGAUGCAGCGAGACAUGCCUUUGAUUUCAUAUUUGGAUGGUUUAUGGACCCCCUUGUUGGAGGUGACUACCCACUCAGCAUGAAAGGAUUGGUUGGAAAUCGCUUGCCACGAUUCACAAAAAAACAAUCUGAGAUGCUCAAGGGUGCAUUUGACUUCAUCGGACUCAACUACUAUACUACAUACUAUGCUGCUAAUCUUCCUCCAGCAAAUGGGCUUAACAUUAGCUAUAACACUGAUUCUCAAGCUAAUAUUUCCGGUGUUCGAAAUGGUGUCCCCAUAGGUCCUCAGGCUGCUAGUCCUUGGCUCUACAUGUACCCUCGAGGCUUUAGUGAGCUUCUACUUUAUAUUAAGGAAAACUAUGGCAACCCUACUAUCUACAUAACUGAAAAUGGCUUUGAUGAAGCCAACAACAUGAGCUUGCCACUCCAGGAAGCCCUGAAGGAUGACGCUCGCAUAGAGUACCACCACAAGCACCUCCUUUCCCUGUUAAGUGCUAUAAGGGAUGGAGCAAAUGUGAAAGGAUACUUCGCAUGGUCGCUGCUAGAUAACUUCGAGUGGGCAUACGGCUACACAGUCCGGUUCGGGCUAAACUUCAUCGACUACAAUGACGGGUUGAAGCGGUAUCCCAAGAACUCGGCCCGUUGGUUCAAGGAGUUCCUGAAGAACUGAACAUGGACCAGACCUAGCAAAUGGAAGAAGCAUUUGGAACGGUGCAAGAUUUUAUUGGUGUACGUUGAUUGAUUUUGC